GAGGGCUAAACAAAGAUGGCGGAYAUUUGUUUGACAUAGAAACACACAUUAAAAUUUCUAUUUUCGCGUAMCAAGAUUUUUAUCCAUACAAUGGAGCCUUCCAGAAGUACAUCUCCAGCAGUACACAUGGUUACUGAAGGUGAAAAGCUGCCAAAUAUUCUUGACCGCAGUUCGUCAUUUCAUCAAGGUGGAACCGUGAAUGAUAUCACAUGGCAUAUAAGCCAGUUAGACAUGUCACUCCAUGACACCAACCCACAGAAUCAACUAGUGGUUGAUAAAUACCUCAAGGAAUGCGGCGUACAAUAUGAAGAUGAUGAAGAAGAUUUUGGUUAUGGUAGAUUGGUGAUUGAUUAUAAACCACCUAAACCUGUCACCAAGGCUGUCACAGACAAAGAACAAGAGGUCAAAGAAGUUAAACAAUUUGCAGGGAUGUAUUCUGUAUGGACAGCACUACAGCCAACAAGUCACAACCCUUUUGAAAAGAAUAUACUUAAAUGGAAGACAAAUACAAGUAAGAAGAAGGCUGAGAAAAGUAAAGGAAUGAAGCCAAUGCUAGUGGAGCUUCAUGUGUUUCCUGGAUAUGAGGAACAUGAGUUAACGCCACUGCCGCCACCGCUAGUGGUUAAAGGAGUACUGGAAAAAGUAGUAAAUGGACAGACAGAUUUAAAAAGAAAGCCCAGGUUCAAAAAGUAUCUAGUUUCAAUGUUGAUGUCCAAGAUGUCUGAAGCUGUGACACAGGACAUCUUCUGGUGGUAUUUCCUGGACAAAUAUCAGUCUGAUAAAAAGAUUCAAGAACUAAUUUUCAACAGAAUUGCCCAUAACUAUGUGAAAUUAUUCUUCAUGGCCCCGAUGAAUGAGUUCAGAGAUACUUUCUUCAAGUGCUUUCCUGACUUGGUUUCCCAAGCUGUUUAUUGUACUUUUUGUCUGGCUUUUCCAACAUCUUACAAGCAGUUUGAUACAAAGUUUAAAGAGCAUCUCCUACAAUUAGUUUACCAAUGGAUGGUUGGCACUAAGCCAGUUCCACAUUCAUGGGACAAGUGGAAUCUAAAUGCCCUGGAGCCUUCAGACAUGAGAAAAGAUGAACAAAUCAAAAAAGAUGCCUCUAAAGGGUCAUUGGUCAAUCUACCAGUAGACUUAACUGAAGAAAACCUUUCCAGACAGUCCAGCAAGAACCUACCUCAGAUAUUAGAGACAAAGACUAAUGGACUGGACAGUAGAUUUAGUAAUAUCAAGAAAAAGUCAUUGCCAUCCAGCAUUAUCAACAAGGAGUCUCCAUCUUUCUUGUCUCUUCCUGAGGAAAAACGAGAUCUCUCCAAUAGACUGUCAGUAGAUAGCAUCGCAUUUCCAGCCUCUACAACAUCCAGAACCACAGUCAAAGAAUCUUACUCAUCAAUGAUACAGCAAGCACAAAGAAAUGCCAAAAAGAAACAAGAGUCCCAUCCUGUGGGUAAAGGUCCAGAGUUCAAUCGUUCUGUAUUCGAUGUGUAUGGGCACAGUCCUUUAGUCGAACAAUUCCUCAAGAAACAUCAACUAGCAAARGAUGCUGGGACAGGAAUACUGGUUCAAAGAACAGAAAUAACAGCUUUGCCUCCCCUGGAGGCCGAAACAUAUAAACAACUUAUUAAAAAAUCAUUCAAAAAGACAAAAGAAAUGUGCUUUAAUUACAAAAGACUACACGAGGAAGAUCUCAAGAAGCGCUCRCAGUUCGCCAGAAAACAUAAAGAAGGAUAUCAUGAUUACGUCAGGCGACAGAACGACUUACUGUCCAGACAAAAAGACGUCAAGAAAAUAAGCGAUCUUUUGGUUCUUGAAUUAAUGAAAGACGGUGAUGAGCAGAGUAGCGGUAAGGCAGCAGCGGCUAUAUCAGUAGCGAUGGGAUUUACUUUGCCAGAAAGUAAAAACAGCUAAGCUGAUGAAAAACACUAAAAAAAAGUAAUUAUAAAUGAAGAUAAAGAAAUGGAUUAAAGUUUCAAGGUGAAUUUUGGAUGAGUGGGAAGCCUAUUCGAGCAUYUUGAUUGGAUGACUCGAAUGCUGGUGUUUUUGAUUGGUUUAGACUAAAGUCAAUUAAUAAUCGUGGUAUUACCUCCGUCGAAUUCUUCUCUAUUUUGUAACCUACUGUAGAUAUAUAUAUAUAUGUAUUUUUGGACA